CUUUCAAGUUGGCUAGCCGGGUUCUCUGAGUGAGCAGAGUCUUUAGUUCCACAGAGAGGGAGACCGAAGGAAGAAAAGGAACAAUGGAGCUCUGUAUGAGUCUCGUCAAUGGUGGCUCCAUCUCUGUCGUCAACUUAAGCCCUUCUUGCCUUUCACGCUCUCUUCCUGUCCCUAAAAACCCCAUUUCUCUUCAGUCCUACACUUGUCUUAGACCCCCUUCUCUUUCCCGCCAAUUCCAACCUUCCCAAUUCGCUGUUUCGGCUUCUCCUUCUUCCUCUUCUUCUUCUUCCACGGCUCUUAGCUCCGAGAAAGACCAGCUUCCAGCGGACAUCAUUGUCACAGAGACCCAAGAACCCAAUUCCAGAGUUAAGUUGAGCAUACAGGUACCACCAGAGGUCUGUGAUGACUGUUACAAAAGGGUUAUAGACGAGUUCAUGAAGCAAGCCAAGGUUCCGGGAUUUCGGCCUGGAAAGAAGGUGCCUGAGAGUAUUCUUGUGAGUCAUGUUGGGAAGAAAAGUGUACAGAAGGCUGCAGUUGAAUCUAUUUUGAGGAGGACCCUUCCACAUGCCAUGUCUUCGGUCACUGGCACGCCCUUGAGAGACUCGGUCCGUAUUGUAACCAGAUUUUCAGAUAUGGAGCAGGCCUAUUCUUCUCUCAAUUCUCUCAGAUACGAUGUGAUUGUUGAUAUAGCACCGGAAGUGAAAUGGAUUCCUGAGAAUGGAUACAAGAAUUUGAAGGUCGUUGUUGAGAUAGACAGUGAUAUAGAUGCACAAAAAGCUUCUGAGCAAGAAUUAAGACGCCGCCAUAAGUCCCUAGGUUCAUUGAGAAUUGUAACCGACAGAGGUCUACAGAUUGGUGAUCUUGCUGUCCUUGAUAUAUCCGCAACAACCAUAGAUCAAGAUGAAUCAAAUGUUAAAAGUAUUCCAUCCGCUGAGAGUAAAGGUUAUCAUUUUGAUACGGAAGAUGGUGAUAAAGUAGUUCCUGGUUUCCUGGAUUCGAUAAUUGGAAUUCAACGAGGUGAAACAAAGUCCUUUCCACUGGUAUUUCCUGAAUCAUGGACACAAGAAGAUCUUCAAGGAAUUCGUGCUCAAUUCAAUGUUGAAUGCAAAGAAUUAUUUUACAGAGAUUUACUCGAAUUGGAUGACUCCCUUGCUGAAAGGCUUCUCCCUGGAGGCACCAGCCUGAAACAGGUCAAGGAAUCAUUGUUGCAAAAAUUCCUGGAAGUGGAGCAAACAGCUAGAGAGCAAGCAGCUGAUAAUGCCAUUCUAGAUCAGCUUUGCAAGAUGGUAGAGGUUGACAUUCCUCAGUCCUUUUUUGAGGAGCAAGGUAGGGAGCUUUAUGGAGCCAGACUUUUGGAGAUACAGGCAAAUAUAAAAUUAAAUGAACAGCAAUUGGCUUCUCUGUCAAGUAAGAAGGCUGUAGAUGAGUAUCUUCUAAACCAGAAGGAGAACAUUACACAUAUGAUAAAACAGAGUCUGGCUGUUGGAGACAUAUAUAAACGUGAAAAUUUGCAGCUUUCAACAGAGGAGCUUGUCAAAGAAGUUGAAAAUUCCAUUGCUGAAUUCAAACGUCAAAAACAAGAUUAUGAUGAAGAACGUGUUAGGGGACAGGUUCAAGAAAUUUUAGAGGGAGCAAAGGUGCUUGAAUGGUUGAGAGAGCAUGCAGAGAUUCAGUAUGUAACUAGAUGACAGAGAGGAUAAUAAGGCAUGUAUCCUUUUGUGCUUAUGAGUAAGUUCCAAAGGUUCAGACGAUGUUGAUGGAGGCUAGUCGUGUUUUGAGGGAGGUUUCCUAUGACGAUGCCCUGCCACAUUCUAGCUGACAUACCUUGAGUAUGCGCCUAAAAAUGACCCUGCU